GCUUCUAAUAAAAUACGGGUACUUUUCAAAAAAAUAUAUUUUUUUAAUUUAAUUCACAAGAUUUUUUAUGAAUUUAUAUGAUUAUUACCAAAAUUACAAAGGCCACAUGAUUUACCUUUUUGCUUGUGACUCACACAUGGAUAGUAUUAAAGGGAGCCAUUAAUUAUAACCAUUCAAGAUUAAAUUAUAAUUGAAAACUAUCAGUUUUAAUAUUUAAUAGGCUUUUAAAAAAAAUACAACAUCUUUUAAUUUAAGUGAACUUAAAACAAUCUUCACAUAAACCCACUGUAAUAAAUGUGAAAUUUAGCUGUGCCUUUAAAGUCAUCAUGAAAUCAAAAUUGACACUAUUUACUUUGUUAGUGCAUAUUACUAGUCUUGUGUUGAACAAUUAAUCUGCGCAAGUUAAUACACAGAAAAAAAAAAUUGUGUCGUGGUAAUCUUUAAUCAAAAUCUGAAAAGUUACUUCCGUCUGGAAUGGCGUUCCUUCUCUGAUGAAGUCAGUUUGACGGCUUGGUUUGAAAACGCUUAAACCACUCCCCUCCAACCGUUAGUCUGCUAUGAGCCAGAGAUGGAGAGGAGGAACACUAAAGUAAUUCAAUAUUUCAUUUCACUUGGAAAUACAGUAUGUCACAACACUGGAGAAAAGUUGUUUGCAACUUCCGGUUCACAGGGACUUUAAUAUAUCAGGGCUCAAUGCUAAGGUUUUUUUUUUACUGGCCCAGGCGGUUCAAGAUUUUUACCUGCCCAGCUAAAAUGCACAAAAAAGCUAUUGUUUUCAUUGUUUGGCCCAUGUAACCUUGUAAAUUUUUUAAAGACUGCUUAGUUGCCUAUCAAAUAUCUGUCUAUGAGGCAAAAUCAAAAUAUUUCUCAAACAUGGCUCAAACAUAGGCCAAAAGUACUCUCGAAAACCAUAAAUUCGGCUCUUAUCCCUGUUGUUUGUUCAGUUCCUGUUGUAAAUCUUGAGACAUGCACACAAUUUUCUGAAUUUUUUGUUAAAAAAAAUACAGGAUAUUAGAUCAUACCUCUCUCCACCUGACAUAGACCACUCUCAAAUGUCCCUUCCAUCCAAUAGCUUUACAAACUUUCAACCAGUGACCUCACCUCAAUUACUCAAAAUAAUUUCUCAGAUGAAACCUACAUUCUGUCAAUCAGAUGUAUUGCCAGGUCGUCUGUUUAGAGAGGUUUUAGACACAAUCAGCCCCAGCCUCUUAAUUAUAAUAAACAGCUCCUUAAUAAACAGGGUAUUUCCAGAAAGUUUUAAACAUUCUAUCGUACAGCCCCUAUUGAAAGGACCUUAUCUUGACCACACCGUGCAUAACAACUACCGGCCUAUCUCUAAGCUCCCAUUCAUUUCAAAGGUUUUGGAAAAAGUUGCACUCUUACAGUUUACUUCGUACCUGGAUACUUUUAAUAUUUUAGACCCAUUCAGUCUGGUUUUAGAGCAUUUCAUAGCACUGAAAGCAUUGCUGAAAGUCACGAAUGACAUUUUGCUGUCUAUCAAUUCUGGGUCAAUUCUAUCAAAAUUCUGGGUCUUUUGCUAUCCUUAUUCUUUUAGAUUUGAGUGCCGCAUUUGACACUAUCGACCAUGACAUUGUUCUGAAGCGUCUUGAGUGUGUUGUUGGAGUCCAGGGCCUAGCUUUACAGUGGUUUGCCUCAUACUUAAAGGGGAGGCCUUUGUCUGUAAAUAUCGGGUCAUUCACUUCACCCUCCGUGUCUAUCUAUUGUGGUGUUCCACAGGGAUCCAUUUUCGGCCCUCUUUUAUUCUCCCUACAUACUCCCUUUAGGCUCGAUAUUCCAGAAAUAUAACAUACAGUAAAUUAUCAUUGUUACGCUGACAACUUCCAACUAUAUCUUCCAAUCAAACAAGGAAAUGACUUUUCAUUAGAUCAUCUCUUCUCAUGCCUCAAUGAAGUCAAGACCUGAAUGACAAAUAACUCAUUGCAACUGAAAGAAAAUAAAACGAAGUGCUUCUACUGGGUCCUGCUGCUACCAACAACUCCUUUAAAAUACAGUUAGGUUCCAUACACAACAACCUGCAGAAUCAUGUAAAAAAAUCUUGGUGUCUGUUUUGACCCUCUUUUCCAAUUUGACAAGCACAUAAAUGCAGUUGUAAAGAGUAGCUUUUUUCAACUCAGAUCCAUAGCAAAAGUAAAAAAAACUUUCUUUCUAGUAAAGACCUUGAAAUUGCACUAAUUUAUUCUGGAUUAGACUACUGUAACUCUCUGUAUGUUGGCCUACCUCAAUCUACACUGUCUCGGUUAAAGAUAAUUCAGAACUCGGCAGCCAGAUAGUUGACAGGAACUAGGAAAAGGGAUCGUAUCUGCCCUGUCCUUCCUUAGAGGAAGGAUUUAUCACACUGCUUAAUGCCUAACAUUUUCAGCCACAGAUGCCUCUCCAUCAUCACAAUUUCCCCUUGCUCUGGUCCAGGUCUUUUAGUAGAUUGGCUUGAUAGGCCUGCAACACUGCCAUGGUUUGCAGGGCCUCAACAGCCUGACCUGCCACCGCAUAUGCCUUGCCUACAAGGCAGAGUUUUAUCUGCCAUUUCUUGGAGGGCAAGACAGGAGCCUUCAGUGAGGAUAUUGACCCAGGGAAGAGAUAGUCAGCAAGGUUCUCUUCUACUCAGGGCAUCAUCAUGUAUCCUUGCUAGCACAGUCCCUCCACAUUUGAAUAAUUUAAAUGAACAGAGGUGACUACACAAAUGAAAUAUGUAUUUCUCCAUGAGCCAGACACAUCAGUGUGCAGGUCUGGAAAAAAUGGGAGGCUCACCGGAGGGAGCCUUCACCCUAGCUAACCCUUAUGACCUAUCCAGAAUUGCUCAUCUAAAUGGCCACUUCCUGCUUUACACCAGACCAGUUUUGACUCAGUCUGGCCAUAGUGCCAGUCAUAAGCUCUACCAACACUUCAUAUGCGGGGCUAGCAGAGGAAGAAGGGAACUUGCUUCUACUGUCCGCACCAAUAGCACGCUCUCAGCCAAGUUGGAAGAGGCCACAGAGUGAGCUUCCGGAUCUGGCAUGAAAGCCACGGAGCUAGCAAGAGAAGCCUGUGAAAGAGAACCCCCCUUGAGCUCCUAUGCGAGCUCCAUCUGUGAUCUCCAUGAAUAUAGCGACCUCACUGUCUCAGCAGACAUGGGGCCAGACCCAUAAGGCACAGACACUUGGCUCCCAUCUCUCGUGGAGAGAGCCAAGUGGGAGCAGAACUUCAUCACUGUGAACUUAUCACAGUUCACAGAUUGACAUGAUUUCACACGUGCUUCCACAUCUAAAUAAUAAUGUUUGGGACGUCAUGUAAAAUAUUUAUAUUUAACAAUGCAUCUUAGAUAUGCCAUACAAUAUUUAAAUCAUUUUUUUUUUAAUUGUUUAUUUUGUUUAUACUUAAUAGUCCUAAUUUUGAAACUUGUGUUGCAGUAGAGACAGAUAAACUAGAAAAUUCUUUGAAAGUCUAAAAUGUGUUGUCAUUAGUAUGCUGAUUUUCAAAAGACAGUACUUGUUUGAUAUUGGCAAAAUACUGUACACAAUGUGGAGAUUCAGGAGUGAUAAACACAUUUAAAUACAGGAGUGAAUGUCCUAAAUUAUUUCUGUGUAAACAUGGAACACUACUCACUCCCAGAAUUGCUAUGAUUGACACAGUGAUAACUGUAAUGUUUUUGCAUCUUGUUUUUGGUAUCUGCUAUUUUUGUCCAUAGCAAUAUUACAGUGACCAAUGAAUCAUUAUGUUCGGCAUUGACACAUGCAUCAUUUUAUAUAUUGUUUAUUUUAUCAUUAAUUCUAUGAAGGUUCAUAAAGUGACCCAUGUUAUGGAGCUCAUAAAGUGGGCAGUUGCAGGUCACAGUAGUUUGGCUUUUGUCACUUACUUCAAUAAAAGUAAGUGACAGAGAUCAGAUAGCGGGCUGAAACAAAGUCCAAUUUCCACUGUAAAUAAUUUGGAUAUAUUAGGGUUUAUUUUAGACUUGUUUUUAUUUUUCUAGCAAUAUCUGGCAAUGUUGUCUCUUUAGAUCCUAGACCACAGGGCUGAGGGCUGAUGAGAGCAGCUGUGGAAAGAGACAGACCUGUGUCAAAAUCUAUGAACAAGAGGUAAACAAAGACUUUAGAAUAAGCAGGUCAGAUCAAUUCCUGAACCGGGGAAUGAGUGAAAGCAAAACAAUACAGCAUCUACUUCACAGACUUCAUCUUGAAGGCAGACAACAGAAUACACUGAGAGCUGCAGAUGUUCUUCAGUUAACUAAACAUUCAUUACAGUCCCAUGAGUCUUGUGCUGAAGAGGAGCUGAUUCAGACUUUCCUACAAAAACUACUGAUGAUGGAUUACAGAGCAAGAUACAUUAAUGACACCAUUGUACAGGAUCACACACAACAAACAGACAAUGACUCAUAUGAAGAUGAUGGUGAUUUUUUCAAAGAUAUGUCUUUUUGUAAUGAAAUAAGUCAAACUGACCCUGUUCAUCCAAUGGAUGUUCAGAUGGCUGUGUUUUAUUGUGCUGAUGCUUUCCUGAAGCAGAUGAUUGUGACUAAAUUGUCAAAGUGUCAGUAUGCUGUACCUCUGCUUGUUCCUGAUCCAUUCACGCAACAGAUCAAGUUUCCUCUCUGGACAGUUAGACAAAUCAACAAGAGCUGGAAGAUUAAAAACAGCAACAAUGAGAUCAUCAGUCAAAUCCAGCCAGUGUACAAGGCACAAACGCCAAUGGUGUCUUUUGUCAGGUUUGGCUCUGUGUCCUCAUCCAAGUCUCAGCUGAUGAACAGUCUGAUCAAUGAGAAACACGACACGUUCUUCCACAGGAACUGCCCAGGCAGCAGCGAAACCAGAGUACUGAUGGAUGGAGUGGUGGAGAUCGCCUGGUUCUGCCCAUCUGGAAAAACCACAGAUAAAUUCAAUGACUGUGUUGCAUUCUGUAAUCUACAUGGUGAUGCAGGAGUCCAUGACAAACAGCUGCAGAUCCUCACUGAAAUGGCCUCAGUCAAUGUUGUUCUUCUACCACAACUUCACAAGACUGGCAAAAGCACAACAAUAAUCCAAAACCUGUACAGGAACAGAAAGCCACUCAUUUGUCUUUUUACUGAGGAAGUUUCAGCUCUCAUUGAGACACGGCAAGGAAAAUAUAAAAUUGGGUUGAAAGACAGAAAUCAGUCAGCUGUAUCUGAAGAACUCAGAAGAGCAAUAAAGUAUUGUCUCUUAUCUUCUGGAUCAUCUUUCACUUUCAAACUUGAACAUGUGUCCAAACACUCAGACAUCAGAGUAGAUGAGGAAGAUGAUGAUGAUUGCAGAAAAGGAAAAGAAGCAGCACACCAGAUGAUGAGUUUACUGAGCAAUAAAGAUCUGUCAGAAAUCAAAGAAUCAUUUCUACCCUGUCAGGGGAAUCUGUGGCAUAAAUGGUGUCAGAAAAACAAAGACCUACAUCGACCUCGAGCUGAAAGUGUAGAAAAAGAACUAAAUGAAAAAAAAACACGUAUGAAGGAAAUCCGUGAACUGCAGUAUGAAUCUGUCAUCAGUGAGUUUAUGAAGCUCUUUCUUAAACAAAUGAACUCACAGUCUACAAACAAGAAGUAUUUUCUUAAAUGGCUUGGAAUCCUCCUAGAUGAAUAUACAUCAAAAGACAUUUCUUAUCUUCAUCACAAAUAUGAUGAGAAGUGGUCAGCAGUUUUAAAACUGAAAGAGAAACAUGAUCAAUCUAAGCAAAUGUCAGAUGAACAAGCAAAAUUGGAGAAAAUGUCAAAAAAACUUCAAGCAGCAGCAUUUGGUCUGGAGCACAUCAUGAGGGAGAUUGGUCAGAUCUAUGAAUCAUGUCAACGUGUUAAGAAGAACAAGAAAGACCUGCAGUUUGACUUCUCUUCCCUCCCGAGUCUUGCAGCAGAAAUGAUGAUCUCUGGAUUUCCACUGGAGCUGAUGGAUGGAGAUGCUGCUCAUGUUCCUGUGAUCUGGAUCUCUGCUGUUCUAGAUGAACUCAUCCAGAAACUGGGAGACCUGAGAGUCUUUGUGCUCUCAGUUUUAGGGAUUCAGAGCUCUGGGAAAUCCACCAUGCUGAAUGCCAUGUUUGGACUGCAGUUUGCCGUCAGUGCUGGCAGGUGCACCAGAGGAGCUUUCAUGCAGCUGGUCAGAGUGUCAGACGAGAUGAAAACACAGAUGAACUUUGACUAUAUUCUGGUUGUUGAUACUGAGGGUCUUCGUGCUCUAGAACUGGCUGGAAGAUCAACAAGACACCAUGACAAUGAAUUGGCCACAUUUGUUGUUGGUCUUGCAAAUCUGACAUUGAUCAACAUCUUUGGAGAAAAUCCAGCUGAGAUGCAGGACAUUCUUCAAAUUGUUGUUCAGGCCUUCUUGAGGAUGAAGAAGGUCAGACUGAAUCCCAGCUGCAUGUUUGUGCAUCAGAAUGUUUCAGAUCUCACAGCUGAAGAAAAAAACAUGGACGGAAGGAGACGACUGCAGGAGAAACUGGAUGAGAUGACAAAACUUACUGCUGAAGAGGAAGACUGCGAUGAAAAAUGUUUUAACGAUGUAAUUAAAUUUGAUGUUCAGAAUAAUGUGAAGUAUUUUGCUCAGCUCUGGGAGGGCAGCCCACCCAUGGCUCCACCAAACCCAAACUAUUGUGAGAAUAUUCAAGAACUAAAGGAUUCUAUUAUUUCUCAUGCCUCAAAAUCACAAGGAAUAAUGCUGAUAGACUUAAAAGAUUGUAUUAAAGAUCUCUGGGAUGCUCUACUGAAGGAACAAUUCAUCUUCAGCUUCAGAAAUUCUCUGGAGAUUUCAGCAUACAGGAAACUGGAGAAAGAAUACAGCAAGUGGUCCUGGAGACUUCGUAGUGCCAUGAUGGAAACUGAGAACAAACUACACAACAAAAUAGAAAAUGAAGCAAUUCAUGAGGUUGAGGAAAAUGAUCUUCAAGGGGAACUGAAGGACACAAGUGAAGAAGUGAAAAAGUCAAUGUCAGAAUUCUUUGAAAAAGACAAGGAUGCUACUUUACUAAUUCACUGGAAAACAUCAUUUGAAAUCAAAAUCAAAGAGCUUCAGGAAACAAUGGUGAGAGAAACAAAGAGGAAAUUAAAUGAGAUUCUUCAGCAGCGAGACCUAAAGAAACAGAUUGAUGCUCAGAGGACACAUCAUGAAAAUACUCUAUAUGAAAAGAGCAAAGAACUUGCAUUAAAACUCAAAGACAAAGCAGAAGAUAAAAAAACACUGAAGGAAGUGUUUGAUUUGUUUUGGGAAGAGUGUGUGAAGAAGAUCAUCAGAGACUCUCCUGCAAUCAAAGACAUUGACAUAUUUAGAGAUGUGAGAAGACUCCUCAGUGACAUCUAUGAAAGUAUCCCUGUAGACCCCUGGCAAGAGGGCAAUGCCUACAAGAUUUUCACUGAGUGGAGUUAUUGUGAGUAUGUUAAUAUCAAUAAGCAAAGUGGUUUUAGAGAGGCUUACAGAAAAGUUAAUGAUACAUUUGGACAAGUUCAAACUCUGGCUGUUGAGGAUGAAGUCCAAAUUAGAUCAUUAGUCACAGAUGUUGUUCAGCAGACAGAGAAAAUUAUUCAGUCAUUCAACAUUUCAAAGAUUGGCUACAAUAUCAGCUGCAUUCAACAACUCACAGAUUACAUCAAUAGGAGAGUAACAGAACAUCAGAAAGAACAAGUGAAAUAUGUGUUCAAGAAAAAAUUCUUCAUGGACUUGGUUCUUUCAAUCUGUAAGAAAGCAAACGAGAUGAUCACUGACCAACACAGAAUGUUUAAGGAAGCCAAUGAUCCUGUUCUCUAUUUGGAGAAGAAGAGAGAUGAGUACUUUAGUAUUUUCCAGAAAUACUGUCAUGGAGCGGCAUCAGCUGCUAUUUUUGGUGAGAUCAUCUGUCAGAAACUGAAAGAGCCCAUUGAGCAUAGUGUCUACAAGAAGACUGCCAGAGAUCUGACAGAUGAAAUGAGAACAAACUGUGAAUCACUGAAUGGAAACAGAUCAAAUCUGGAGAAACACAUCCUGAAGACACUGGCAGAAGAGGAGGAUUUUGUCAGUUACACUGACUACAUUAAUUAUCCCAGACAUCACUUCAAGAGUUUCAUUAGAAAUGCAGUCAGUCAGUACAUCACUGAUAAUUUCAGUGCUCGCGUUUUGCCAAAGAUGAAUAGGCAUAUUAAUCUCCUGCACCAGAAGAUAAUGAAAGUAGCACAUGAAUCUACUGAACAUGUCCAAGUGACCAGUGGAGAUGUUGGUUUGUGGUUGAAGAAUUUCACACAGCAGCUCUCAGAUGUGCUGAUCUUCUCUGAAAAAGACCUCAGUGGAGUGAAACUUGAAGAUGUUGAUGAUUUCAAACUCCUAGAAGACAUUAUAAGGAAAGAACUGGCUGCUAUAAUGUCUGACAUCAGCAGUAGAUUCAACACAAAGACUUUUCUUGUAAAUCUGGACUGUAAAGACAGACCACAUGAGGCUUUGAAUGAUCACUUCAGUCAGUGCUGUUGGGUCAAGUGUCCAUUCUGUGGUGCCACCUGCACCAACACCAUAGAAAACCAUGAUGGAUAUCACAGUGUUCCUUUCCAUCGUAGUAUUGGACUGAGUGGCAUUCAUUAUAGCAAUACAUCUAACUUGUGUACUCAUAUCUGUACAUCAGCAGUAGCAAACAGCAAUAUAUAUUUUUAUCCUGUUGGAUCAGAUGAUAAAGUCCCCUGGAGAGAAUAUAGAAAAGCAGGAGGAGAUUAUGCAAAGUGGAGCAUCAUCCCUGACCUUUCUGAACUGCCCUACUGGAAGUGGUUUGUGUGUAGAUUCCAGAAAGAUCUUGAAAGGUACUACAAUAAAACCUUUGGGGGACAGGGUGAGAUUCCAGAUGAAUGGAGAAAAUACACAAAACAGGAAGCUUUUGAGAGUUUGGAUAAAUACAUUUAACUCUUACCCCACCAUUGACUGAUUCUAUUGCAAUACGGUAGGCACAUCCUGAUUUUGUAGAGUUAGACGCGUUCCAGGGUCAACAUAUUCUGUUGAUCCUGGAACAACAUUCCUGUCCAAAAAUUUAAUGUUAACCAUAUCCUAACACUUAAACCUAACCCAACCCAUAACUUAUCCCUAAAAUCAGAGGGAAAUGAUAGGUGAAUAACACUGAUGUAGAAGCACCUAACCCUGGUUGUAAGUCUAAACUGUAAACUUGUCCCUCAGAUCUGACUGGUUGACUGGAAUGUUGAUCCAGGAUCAACAAAGAUGCUGAUCCAGGAACAUGUUGCACUUGGUGAAAUCACAUUUUGCAUAUGGAUAUUUUGCAUUUUAUGCAUCUUCUGAAA